AUGUCUCUACUAAUUUUUAAAUUCAUUUUUUUAUUUUAUUAUUUGUUUUUCUUUGAAGGAAAAAAUAUAAAGGCAAUUUAUUUUAAGAGAAGUUUACAAAAUAAUAAAAGAAGUAUGAUGCGAAGUUUGUACCUUAAUCUACAUAAAAUCAAUGUAUUAAAAUUUAAAAAUAAAAUUAAAAAUUAUGAAUUUAAUACAAAGAAAUAUGUAUUAUUAAAUUGUAGUAAAAAUUUUUUUUCAACAUUUUCUCUAAGUGAUGACGAUAAAGAAAUUGAACACAAAAUUGAUCAAAUGUCUUUUACUAUUAGGGAUAACACAAAUAUAUACAAAGAAGAAACAAAGAAUAUUCCUAUUUUAUUAAUUCAUGGUUGCUAUGGUUCGAAAAAAAAUUUUCGCAAUUUUAGUAAAAUGUUAAAAUCAAAUAAAAUUAUAAUAUUAGAUUUACGAAAUCAUGGAGAUUCUAAACAUACAGAAAGUAUGAAAUAUGUUGAUAUGGAAACUGAUAUUAAAAAUGUUUUAGAAAAACUUCAUAUAAAAAAAUGCUGUUUAGUUGGUUUUAGUUUAGGAGGAAAAGUUUCAAUGUAUUGUGCUUUGAAAAAUCCCACUCUUUUUUCUCGUUUAAUAAUAAUGGAUAUACUUCCAUUUAAUUAUAACUCUAAUAAAAUACAUAUAAAGCAACCAUAUAAUAUUGUACAGAUGACGAAUAUUUUACAUAAAAUUAAAAAAAAAGAACCAAAAAAUAAAAAUGAGUUUUUAAAAUAUCUUAAAGAAGAAUUACCAGAUAUUUCAAAUACUUUCGCUCAAUUUAUAUGUAUGUCUCUUAAAGAAAAUGAUAAGAAAAAUCAAUUAAUAUGGAAAAUAAAUGUGGAUACAAUAUAUAAUGAAUUAUCUCAUAUUAUGAAUUUUCCUUUAAACUCAGAUAAUUAUAAAUAUUUUAAUCCAUGCAGCUUUAUUAUAGGCAAAAAAUCAGAUUUAGUUUUUUCUAUACCACAAUUUAAUAAUAUUAUAAAUAGUUUUUUUCCAAAUUCAAAACAAUUUAUUUUAGAAAAUUCUUCACAUACUGUAUACAUAGAUGAAGCACAAAAAUGCUCAAAUAUUAUUAACAAUACAUUGUGUCUAUAA